UUUUUAAAAGCUGCAAAGGAAGGAUUAGAAGGUGAUGAUGGACCUCCUGGUCUUCCUGGACGCCCUGGGCUAUCGGGUUUGAAAGGAGAGCCUGGGGAACCGGGAAGAGCUGGAUUUUCUGGAAGGAAAGGUGACAGAGGGUUUUCCUAUCCUGGAAGGCCAGGAGAGAAAGGCAACAGAGGUGCAUCUGGACCACCCGGCAUUGGAGGUCUGGAAGGUGCAAGAGGAGAGCAAGGAGAUAUUGGAUAUCCAGGACCCCGCGGGUUGCCAGGUGAAAGAGGUUUACCAGGCUUUGCAACUCCAGGACCGGCAGGACCACCUGGUAAACCAGGUAGAGAUGGCAUUCCAGGAAGAAGGGGCGAAAAAGGUGAUCAAGGACAAAUUGGAAUAAGAGGUCCCUUUGGCGAAAAAGGAGUUUCAGGAGAUCCAGGAAGAGCGGGGGUUCCUGGCCCUGUUGGCCCAAAAGGAUUCCCAGGUUGGAGAGGAGAUCCGGGUGAUCAAGUUCCCGAGAAUGAAAUAUUAUCUAUACCUGGCUUGCCAGGAGAUGUUGGGCCACCUGGAUUCAUUGGAAGACCUGGACCAGCAGGGCCAAUAGGAGAUCGGGGCCUAAAUGGGUUGCCUGGGCUUAAAGGCAGCCCAGGGUACCCUGGACGUGAUGGAUUACCAGGACCUCAAGGGCCUAAAGGUGUUGCUGGUGACAGAGGAUUAGAUGGUUUCAGAGGAUUUCCGGGAGGUCCUGGAUAUCCAGGGGUAGCAGGCGAGCCGGGCUAUCCGGGAUCCCCAGCUCCAUCCAGAGGCUUCUUCUAUACCCAUCACAGUCAAACAACUGAGAUACCUCCAUGUCCCGGAGGUACGACACUGAUGUGGAGUGGCUAUUCCUUGCUAUACAUUCAAGGCAACGAACGAGCACAUGGCCAAGAUCUUGGAAGUCCUGGAAGCUGUUUACGUAAAUUCAGUACAAUGCCUUUCAUGUUUUGUAACCUCAACAAUGUGUGUCAUUUGGCAUCACGCAGCGAUUUCAGCUACUGGUUGAGCACGCCAGAAACUAUGCCUAUGGACAUGGCACCUAUUAUUGGAAGGAACAUUAGAAGAUUUGUUAGCAGAUGCUCCGUUUGCGAAUCAUCAACUCAGGUAAUAGCAGUUCACAGCCAGAGUACUGAAGUACCAGAAUGUCCUAAUGGCUGGGCUGACUUAUGGGAUGGAUACAGUUUCUUCAUGAAUACUGAUGCUGGAGCCGAAGGUAGUGGACAGCCUCUUUCUUCCCCUGGUUCUUGUUUGCAAGAUUUUAGGCCAAAUCCUUUCAUUGAAUGCCAAGGCCUUGGCAGAUGCAACUACUAUACUACUGCAUACAGUUUCUGGUUGGCAGCUAUUAAGCAUGACAAGCAAUUCAUCAUUCCCGAACCACAGACACUGAAAGCUGGAGACCUAAAGUCCCGUGUUUCAAGGUGCAGGGUAUGUCGACGCAUACCCAUUCCUGGAUAUUAGACAAUAAAAGGUCAAGAAAAUUUUAAAUGGCUUGAUAAAUAAACAGCAUUUAAACAUUCUGUUGAGAAGAUAUCAAAGUGUUGACAUAGACUGCUUUUACAUAACGAAAUUUAACUGCCAAAACGCAAAAUGUAAAUGAAGGAAAUGGGUAAAGUUUUGACUCUUUCUAACAAACUCAUUGCAAAGAAUGCUUAUAAAAAGAACAAACAAGGUCGUUGAGAGUAUAAAAAUGUACUUCUUCAGAAACUUAUUUUUAAGGAAAGAUUUACAGAUUUAGAGGAAAAGAAAUUCUCAACUUGUUUUAAAUAUAAUGAUGGUAUUUCUUCUUAUUUUCUUUGACUGAAGAAAUAGAUACGAAUUAUGCAAACACUGGCUUGAAUAAGUAUACUAAUGACAAACUUAUUAAAUUAAAUGGAAGCGAAAUGAGGCAUUAUUUUCCCUUCAAACAUAUUACUUUAUCCUUAAUUAUAAACUUUAUUAAUUAGAAGUAAUUAAAUUCUAGAACUUUGAACAAGAAAAUUGUGUUAGUUAAAUUACAAUUAAAAUUUUAAAGAACAACUAUGGUUUCGAAUGUAUCUGAAAUCUUCUUUAGUUAGCUUUCAAAAUUUCAGAAAACACUAGAAUAUUAUCAGUUAGGGAAAACUUGCACAUAUUUUAUUCUGGAAGGAAUUUAAAUUGUUUUAAGUUUUUAUGAUUUAUAUUGAUUGAAAGUUACAAUUCUAAAGUAUUUUUAGUAUAUGAAAUAUAAUAUGUUAAAACAAGUCCAAGUGAACAGGUUGGUGUAAAUGAAAAGGAAGGGGGAAAAGAACUUUGAAGGAUGUUUCUAGUUAUGUCAAAGGAAGGAUAAUUGCUGUUAUAGCAAUAAAAUAAUGAUAAUGAAGGAUAAAAUAACAGCUUUAUCCAAACAAAACACUGCCAGUAUAAACUGUGUAUUGUUAGUUUGCUUCUGCAUCAGCUUUAUGUUCUCUCAGUGUUUAAAAAUUUGAGGCUAAUGUGAUUUCGGUACUUUCUGAUUAUUCACAGCCCUACAAAAAGCAGCGAACUCAUUGGUGACUUUGUGAAUUGGCAAAAAUCUUUGGUUUAGCUAACUUAAUGGCUCACAAAAUAAUGUUUUGUUCAAAAAUAAUAGUAAAAGGAAUAGUUUUAUAAAGAACAAAUUUUAUAAGAAAAAUAGAGAAAUCUAUAUAAUAAAUAUUUGCAUUUUAAUAGCUGGGGGAAAGAAUUUAGUGAAAUUACCGUAAAAUAUAAAGCACAUAAAUCUUAUAUAUACUCAAAUAUGUACUACAUGAUUCACACUUGCUUGGGUUAUUUAUCAUCGGCAAUGGGCAAUACUACCAAAAUUAGAGACAAAGAGUGCAGAUAAUCAGAAAGUACUAUGACAUUUUUAAACGCUGAGAACUUAUAAUAAUGUUUUGUUCAAACAAAAUAAUGUUUGUUCAAAAUAAUGUUUGUACUGUGACUUUUUUAAAAGCUGAGAACUUAUUUUUUAAAAUGCAUAUUAUUCAUUGUUUGUGAAAGUUACAGCAUUUUUAUUUAAGGAAAAUUACGUUGAUUUUCAAAACUCAGUAUCAUUUUAUAAUACUGUAAAAAUUUUUUAAUUAGUUUCAGUAAAAAUUAUUUAUUGCUAUG